AUGACCGUGGGGCUGACCUCCGCGCCCUCGGCGCUGUGCAAGAAGCGGUCCUUGACCAAGCACACGGCGGAGCAGAAGGAGCGGAUGCUGGAGUUCGUGGAGCGCCUUGGGUGGCGCAUCCACAAGGCCGCGUGCCCCCAGCGCGUCUUCAAGAACCGGAUAUACAACAACAGGCACCUCGCCUCCGCGCCCUCGGCGCUGUGCAAGAAGCGGUCCUGGACCAAGCUCACGGCGGAGCAGAAGGAGCGGAUGCUGGACUUCGCGCAGCGCUUUGGGUGGCGCAUCCACAAGGCCGGCGCGGAAGAUGUCGACGCCUUCUGCGCCCAGAUCGGCGUCCCCCAGCGCGUCUUCAAGAACUGGUUGAGCAACAACAGGCACCUCGCCAAGAUUCCACCGUCGGCCCUGCCGUCGCACCACCAAGACCGCCCGGCCGCCACAGCGCGGGGACCGAUGACUGAAGAAGACAAGUCUCCUGAAGCUCAAGUUGCUGUAUCUGCUGAUGGUGGCGAGGAAGACGAGAAUGAAGUUUCUGAAGUAGUAGUGAUUCCACCUUCGGCCCUGCCGUCGCACCACCAAGACCACCCGGCCGUCACAGCUCAGGGAUCGAUGACUGAAGAAGACAAGUCUCCUGAAGACGAAGUUGCUGUAUCUGCUGAUGGCGGCAAGGAAGACGAGAAUGAAGUUUCUGAAGUAGUAGUAAUUCAACGAGGAAUGGGCCAUCGGGCCAGAAAGCCUAACAAGCGCUACGGGUGGCCAGAAUGGAUUACCAUUUAG